GCCUCCGCAGGCUACCCGGGGUGAAGGUGCUCCGAGCUCCGGUAGCUACCUUCGGACGUUCAUCCCGGUCCCGAGUCCCGACUUCCUUACUGAUCUAGCUCUCGUUGCUGUCCCGGGAAGACCACCGGAUUCUUUUCCUCCUGCUGGUUUUCUUUUUCCUUCCUCCCAUCUCCCAAUUCCUUCCAUUUUCCUCCUCUACACGCUGGCCCCCGCCCCGCGUAGCGUAGCCUGCCUUUCUGAACAUCCCACCUGCCUGCCACCUCCUGACUUCUGCCCCUCCCUGACCUCGAAUCCCUUAGCCAGAGGGCUCUGUCAUAACCUAGCCAGACUCUCUUACACGCCUCUUUUUUUUCCCCCUCUUUGUCAGUUCCUGACUCCCAAAUCCAGCUAACCUUUGACUUUCUGACAUUUGACCCUGACACUUGACUCUGGACCUCCAAGCGGAGGUCUUCCCUUCUGAGGCUACUGUACCCCACACCAUGGACUUCUUGAUGAGUGGUCUGGCAGCCUGCGGGGCCUGUGUGUUCACCAAUCCCCUGGAGGUUGUGAAGACCAGGAUGCAGUUGCAGGGAGAACUGCAGGCCCCUGGCACCUACCAGCGUCACUACCGAAACGUCUUCCACGCCUUCUUCACCAUCGGCAAGGUGGAUGGCCUGGCUGCCCUGCAGAAGGGUCUGGCCCCUGCCCUUUUGUACCAGUUCCUGAUGAAUGGUAUUCGACUGGGCACCUACGGGCUGGCUGAGUCUAGGGGCUACCUGCAUACCACCGAGGGCACCCUCAGUCCUGCCCGCAGCGCAGCAGCUGGGGCCCUGGCUGGGGUCAUGGGAGCCUAUUUGGGGAGCCCCAUCUACAUGGUGAAGACACACCUACAGGCACAGGCAGCCUCGGAAAUUGCUGUAGGGCACCAGUAUAAACAUCAGAUCUUUCCUCCCCAGAGCUGGAAGGUGGCUCUGGCAGCUGCCAUGGUGAGUGGCAUCGCAGUUGUCCUGGCCAUGACACCCUUUGAUGUGGCCAGCACAAGGCUCUAUAACCAGCCCACAGACAGUCAGGGCAAGGGCCUCAUGUACCGAGGAAUCUUGGAUGCUCUUCUGCAGACAGCCCGGACAGAGGGCAUUUUUGGCAUGUACAAGGGUAUAGGUGCCUCCUACUUCCGCCUUGGCCCCCACACCAUCCUCUCCCUCUUCUUCUGGGACCAGCUGCGCUUCCUCUAUCACAAGUACACUAAAUAACAGCUACUUUCCCACACUCCACCAAAUUGAUAUUUCUUGGACACUUCUGCCUCCACUACUAUGUCCUGUUGAUUACUGACCAUGUGACUUUUUAUCCAUCCAAGAGGGAUAGCCAACGCCACUCCCUGUUCUGUUCUCUCAGGGUUGAACCACAAGUAGUAAGUCUCCUUCCCCUCCUUGGGUGUUGCUCUAAACCAACCUAUCUAUCCCCCUGUACUCUACACACCCCCUUCUCAGGGCUAAACUAAUCACUCCAAAAUAUAUUGCCUCCCUCUUUCCACUGCCAGCCUUGGGUCCCUCCUGUUCCCAUGCACAGCUUUAAACUUUCCCAUCCAAGACCAAAGGGAAUUUGGGAGACCCAGGUGUCCUGUAAAA